AUGGCGUCCCCACCCAAACGAAAGCGGGAUGCCUACGCAUCUCCCUCUUCCUCCUCUGUCUCGCCAGCAUCGACACACCACCCAUCGACAUCAACACCACGACGUCCGUUCGCACCGAUCUUCGAAGACAGUCUGCCCUCACCACAGCCUAUGAACCCUUCGGGCUCGAUGAGUUCUGAUACACGUCAACAACUCGAACUGUCGCUCUCUGAGCUACGUACUUCAGCCGCACGAAUCAAGUCUCUCUUACAGACCCUCCCACCAACCUCGCGAAGUGCUUUGACAGAAGUCGCCGCUCCACCUCAGAACAGCUCCCUCACUUCCUCUCAUAGUGGAGGAGAGGAGGUAGUAAAGGAGGUUACAUGCUCCAAGUGCCACCAGCUACAAGAAAAGGUCCAGGAACUCGAACAGGAGAGGGUGAGGCACGAAAAAGAGCGUCAGGCGUGGAAAGAGUUUAAGUCUUGGUGGUUGGCUAGUUUGGCGCAAAAGGAUAAAAGACAUCGCAAGAAGCACAAGAGCAAAGCAGCAGCAGCCUCUUGUACCGCUGCUAGUAGCAGUACUGAGGGUGCGAUUGAGGGAGGUAGUAGGGUGGAGGAAGAGAGGCGAAGUGCGGUGGUGAAAAAGCUAGAUGCUACGACGAGGGGGGUUUGGGUUCGAGCUGGAAUUAUACCCCCCGACAAUGCCGUUGGAGGCGAAGCAGAGAGAGCGCAAGGGGAAGAGAAAGCUAGUGCUGGGCCAAGGAGAGUAGAUCAGGGUGAGCAGGGGGAUAUGGGCGAAAGUGCAGGCCAACAGAGCGAAGUUACUCUCCCGUUGCACGCUCAUCCACCCUCAAACGCGGCUGUAGCGACAGCCAGUACGCCUACCACUACCGCUCCCACUGCUGCUGCACCUUCUGCUUCAGCGCAACCGCACACUCGCAACGACAAACUUAGUCCACUUAUUCGAACCAUCAUUCCCCGCCCCACCACUCUCCCUCGCGCUCAGCCCGUGCCUCCCACGACCAACACCACUCGUGACGAAGUAGGGUAUGUCGACUCGACUCCGAUUCGAAACCCUCUACAACGACGCGCAAUGCUAGCACACGAUUGUCCAGAUUGCUCUUUAUUCUACUCCCAUCUCAACACAAAUGGGGAAGGUUUGGGUAAUAGGGAAAGAACAGCGUGCUCAAGACAUCGUACGACGUUCCAGAGGGCGACUACGCCAGAUGGCUACUGGAACAUUGGGUUCCCUACCACACAGGAGGUCGAGGAGAUAAAUGCUUCUGCUAAGGCCAAGCGAGUCGGUGGUCGCAGGGAAGAAGGAGGGUCUGGCCGAAGGCGAUGA